AUGUAUCGAUUUGCCAUUACCGUUUUGCUCGCCCUCUCUGCGAUCGCAACCCCUAUCAGGAACGUGGGGGACCCUGCAAGACAUACGCUUGUCGUCCCUGCAGGACUGGCGACACCUCGUGGCCCUGCGUCCGCCAUCCUCCUGGGCGUAGGAGUCCAGAACUAUACAUGCACUGAGGCUGGAACCUACGCGGCCGCAGGAGCCGUCGCUGAGCUCUUCGACAUCUCGAAUUUGGACCCUCGCGCUUUCCAGACGUCCCAAGAUGUGGCCAUGGAAGCAUGGACUCGGACCGCUGAGGUGCGAAGCGCCAACGCAGUCCGACGCGCCAUCCGAGGGAACAUCCCAAACGCUGGCGAACACUAUUUUGUUACUUCACCUUCUGGAACUGGUAUCAGCCCUAUCUGGGACCAACGCAGCAACGACCCUAGGCGAAACAACCCUGAUGCUUUCGUUAUCGGGGCCAAGGCUGGGGGAAUCCCUGCGCCCACUGGGCCGCAGGAUGUCGAUUGGUUGGAGAUCUCCAAUGUGCAAGGAAAACUGGCGAGGACGGUAUAUCGCACUGAUACCCGCGGUGGACCUGCUCCUGCUUCUUGCAUUCCAGGAUCGCCCGUACUGUCUGUCAAGUAUACGUCUAAGUACUGGCUCUUCGGAUCAACUUUAUGA